CGUCUGAUAUAGAUCAGUACUCUUUCAAUUGGCAAUGUUGCUCUCCCCUCUUCUGCACGAGGGGGGGAUUGCCGUGUUAAAAAAUGUUCACAGCGCAUGCGCACAUCAUUAGAUUCCUUUAGCUGUCAGUAGAAAAGUUUUCCUCAUGUCCAUGGACCAAAGUUGGUGUAGCGACACGUAGCUAUCCACUUAAAUGUAUCCUGUAUUUAAGGUAAACAACAAUCUGUGAACUUUUGUGGUUUUAACACAACAAAAAUGUCUAUAGCGAACUGUUUCCGGAGGAUUGGGCUCAAACUUGGAGUCUACUGUCGUUACCAGAUUCACCCUCGGUAACGUACUAUCAAGCUAAAGUUACGGAGCUUUCAAAAACUUGGCACCGUCCUUCAAGUACAGUAUUAUUUUUAGGUUUUGUACUUGUCCGUAUUAAAAUAACUAUGGUAGCUACUCUAACAACGGGUGUAGCCUAGACAAGGGGUGAAAGAGCGUUUAAAGGAGCCGCUGGGCUGCUCCGUUGCGAUGGGCAACCGCGGGAUGGAGGAUCUGAUCCCGCUGGUCAACCGCCUCCAGGACGCGCUGAGCACCGCGGGGCAGAGCUGCUGCCUUCACCUGCCGCAGAUCGCUGUGGUCGGCGGCCAGAGCGCUGGAAAGAGCUCCGUCCUGGAGAACUUUGUGGGCAGAGAUUUCCUACCACGGGGUUCAGGAAUUGUCACACGCAGACCUUUAAUCCUCCAGCUGCUUACUGCUGACACUGAGUACGGUGAAUUUUUACAUUGUAAAGGAAAGAAGUUCACAGACUUUGAUGAGAUAUGCAAAGAGAUUGAGGCAGAGACGCAGAGAAUCACAGGAUCAAAUAAAGGCAUCUCUCCUGUCCCCAUCAACCUACGGAUCUACUCACCAAACGUGCUGAACCUGACUCUUGUAGACCUGCCUGGCAUCACCAAGGUGCCUGUAGGCGACCAGCCGGCAGACAUAGAGUACCAGAUACGAGACAUGAUCAUGCAGUUCAUCUGCAAGGAAAACUGUCUCAUCCUUGCUGUCACGCCUGCCAAUACUGACCUGGCCAACUCUGAUGCACUCAAACUGGCCAAAGAUGUUGACCCACAGGGCCAGCGCACGAUUGGUGUAAUCACUAAGCUAGACCUGAUGGAUAAAGGAACAGAUGCCCGGAACAUUCUAGAGAACAGGUUGCUUCCCCUACGCAGAGGUUACAUAGGGGUGGUGAACCGCAGUCAGAAGGACAUUGUUGGGAAAAAGGAUGUAAAGGCAGCCCUGCUCGCAGAGAAGAAUUUUUUCCUGUCCCAUCCGGCCUACAAACACAUGGCUGAAACUAUGGGCACCCCAUAUUUACAAAAAACACUUAACCAGCAACUGACAAAUCACAUAAGGGAAAGUCUGCCAGCCUUCCGCAGUCACCUGCAGAGCCAGAUUCUGAGCUUGAACAAAGAGGCUGAAGAGCUCAAACAGUACAGUCCCGAUGACCCUGCACGGAGGACCAAGACACUGCUACAGUUAGCUCAGCGCUUGGCUGUUGACUUUGAGAAGCUCAUCGAGGGCUCAGGUGACAGAGUAGACACUGUCAAUCUGUCAGGAGGAGCUAAGAUCAACCGAAUCUUCCAUGAGCGCUUUCCCUAUGAACUGGUCAAGAUUGAGUCAGAUGAGAAGAAGCUGCGACAAGAGAUCAACUAUGCUAUCAGAAACAUCCACGGUGUCAGGACAGGCCUGUUCACUCCUGACAUGGCAUUUGAAGCAAUAGUGAAGAAACAGUUAUCAAGUUUAAAGGGACCCUGCAUUAAAUGUGUUGACAUGGUCAGUCAAGAACUAAUCACCACUCUGUACCAGUGCAUCAACAAGCUCAGUUCUUUUCCCAAACUGCAAGAAGAAACAGAAAGGAUUGUUACCACUGAAAUACGAGAGCAAGAGAGUAAAUGCAAAGAGCAGGUGUUGAUGCUCAUUGAAAUACAACUUGCCUAUAUAAAUACCAAACAUGAAGAUUUCAUUGGCUUUACCACAGCCCAGCAGACGAACAACCAAGCCAAUAAAAAGACUCAUGCAGGGAUGGCAGCAAACCAUGGUGUGGCCGCUCCUUCAAGACUAAUAGUCAUACGCAAGGGCUGGCUGACCAUCAGCAACCUCGGCAUCAUGAAAGGUGGAGCCAAAGAAUACUGGUUUAUCCUCAGUGCAGAGAGCUUGUCUUGGUUCAAGGAUGAUGAGGAGAAAGAGAAGAAGUACAUGCUCCCCCUGGACAACCUAAAGUUCAGAGAUGUGGAGAAGAGCUUCAUGUCCAACAAGUGUGUCUUCGCUCUCUUCAACACAGAGUUAAGGAACGUAUAUAAAGACUACAAGAGCCUGGAGUUGGCCUGUGGCUCUCAGGAGGAGUUGGACAGCUGGAAGGCAUCUCUUCUGCAGGCCGGAGUGUACCCUGAGAAAGUCACAGUAGAUGAGCAGGGAAAUGGGGCUCCUGAAAACUUCUCAGACCCCCAGUUGGAGCGUCAGGUGGAGACCAUCCGUAACCUGGUUGACUCCUACAUGAGCAUCAUCUAUAAGACCAUCAAGGACCUCAUGCCAAAGACCAUUAUGCACCUCAUGAUCAACAGCGUGAAGGAGUUCAUUAGCUCUGAGCUCCUGGCCCAGCUCUACGCUCUGGGAGAAUGCUCAGCGCUGAUGGAUGAGUCAACGGCGCAGCAGAAGCACCGGGAGGAAGUGCUCCGCAAGCACGCCGCCCUGAAGGAGGCGCUCGCUGUCAUUGGAAAGUUCUCCACAUCUACCUGCACCACGCCUCUGCCUCCACCUGUAGACUCCUCCUGGAUACGACCCUCCAGCCCGACACUCCCUAAAAAGACCAGCGGUGGUGUUCGAGGCCAUGCCCCAUCUGUCCCUCGGGUGCCCUCUAAUGCUUCUUCCCAGAGCACCGAUAGCCUUCAGCAGAUCACUAGGCAACAUCACCGUGCUCCACCUAGUGUGCCAAGGAGGCAUCCUCCAGCUAUCCCAAAUGUGAAAUAACAGUAAUUUCUAUCCAGAACUCCAUUACCCAUCCAUCCCACUGAUUGCCCAGCUCGCUGCAGCUCAGAGACACCUUUAACUUGUGUGAUGUGCACUCCAGCUGAAGCUUUCUGCUGGGCUUUUCUCCUCUGGGAGCUGCCGUCUGCAAAUUCACUGAAUCUUGAGCAGCCUGUUUUGUACAUAAUACCGUUGGCCAUAAAUGCCGGAAUGUGCUUGUCUGUCUGCCUACUUUCCAGAAGUGCCUGAACCUUGUGUAAAUAAAAUACCAAUUUUGAGGUAUUCUACAACAGAAUACACAUGCACUAUUUUCAAUGUUUUUAAAUAAACAGGUUAUAUUUUUGAA